GUCAUUCAUUACAUAUUAAAACGUAGUGACAGCAGUGACGAGUGUGAGCAAGCGAAAAUACUUAGUCUUACUAAAUUGUCAAAUAUAAACUGUUAAUUACAAUCAAGGUGAAUUAAAAAGUAUCUAAAAUGGCAUUUCAUCCAUUUUUCUUUGAUUCACGUCCACGGCGCUUAAUGGAACAGAACUUCGGCUUAGGGCUGACGCCCAACGACAUUUUGACAAUUGUUGCCGUCCCUCAAACUAAUAGGAAUUACUACAGACCAUGGAGAAACCUUCAGGCUACCGAGCAUGAUUCAGGAUCCACAAUUAAAGAGGAAAAGGAUAAGUUCCAAGUGAAUUUGGACGUUCAACAUUUUGCUCCUGAAGAGAUAUCCGUCAAGACAGUAGACGGCUUUUUAAUAAUUGAAGCCAAGCACGAAGAAAAAAGAGACGAACAUGGAUUCAUUUCUCGUAGUUUCACGAGGCGGUAUCGUCUCCCAGACGGUAUACAAGAGGAUUCUGUGAUGUCAAAGCUGUCUUCAGACGGCGUGCUGAGUAUAACCGCACCUUUAAAGGCUCCUCCGAAGGUUGAAAAUGAACGAGUGGUACCCAUUGUUCAGACUGGACCUGUGAGGAAGACUGAAGAUAGCGGACAAGAUGAAAAUUAAACUUGCAUUUAUAUUUAAUUUUAAAUGUUCGAGUGUGGACAUUCCUAAUAGAAUCUUAUUCUGAUCUCGUGCGUGUAUGUUUUUUAUUUGUUUGUGCAAAUAUAUUGCAUCCUAGUCA